AUGAUUUCUUACUCAAACCCUCUAAGGCGUAGCUUAAAAUGGUACAGAAAGGUAGCGUUAGAUGGCUUAUUAAAUAUAGCUGUAGUAAACGCGUUUGUAUUAUUUAACAAAGUUACCUGUUCCAAUAUGUCAAUAACUAAUUUCCGUACUUCUCUAGUAGAACAAUUAACCAAAAAAGAAAACAUUGUCAUAAAUCCAUCUAUCAAACAUCAACUACAAAAAACUGGUAAAAGCAGAUGUUUUAUGUGUUAUUCACUAAUGUCUAGUGAAAAGGGUAGAAAGUAUGCCCAGUCUCAUAGUACCAAAGUACAGACUAAAUGUCUGGCAUGUGAUAGAUAUUAUUGUACAUUAUGUUUUAUCAAAGACCACAAAAUCACAAAAUGA